AUUUAUUUAAAAUAUAAAUAAUUUGUGGAUUGUAGAGGUCUGGCCAACCUUCAGGUUCUCCUUCUGGGCAGGAACCAACUAAUGAACAUUCCUGGUCUUGAUGGAGCUGAAAACCUGCAAAUUCUUCAGCUCUCACACAACAACAUCUCUCACAUAAGUGGUUUAGGACCCCUGAAAAUGCUUCUGCGAUUAUCAUUGGGCCAUAACCAGCUGCUCAGCACAGGAGGUUUGAACGAAAUUUAUACCCUUCUCCAUCUGGACUGUUCGUACAACCAUCUAAGCCAUGUUGAGGGUUUGGAGAAUUGUGCUCUGCUUAACAACAAGUUGAAAGAUGAGAUCAUGAUUUAUCAUGUCUUCAGCAGGAAUCUCAAUAUCACUCAAUAAUCACAAUUUUCCAUUACUUUAGUAUUUGAGAACGGUUUAUGUUCUUAUUCUAAUUAGCCCGACUGAAAUUAUAGACUUUUCACCACUUUUUAAAAUUUAUUUAGGAACAUAUUUCCUAUCCCAGUGUCCAGAAAAUGUGUAACUUGACUGUGCUCAUUACAUGAUUACAAAAAAAAUCGUCAUCUGUUAGACUGCAAUCCUGGGCUGCCAUCACUUUAAUUGAAUUAUCACUAUCUGUUGUGCUUAUCAUUUAGAUAUUAGUCAUGUUCAUGAUGAGCCAUGAGUUUCCACCCAUUUCAGCUCAUGGGACAUUCAUGGUUGGAACAGAAAGAAUGACUUCCUGUGUGAUCAUCUAGUCAAGAAGGAAUUGUUGUUGCUUUUAUUUCCAGGCCUGUCCUGCAGAACCAAGUUCUUUCUGAGGCACCUGUACUUGGAUGACAAUCUUCUAUCCUCUGUUGAUGAUCGGGAAUCCUAUUGGCUGCCUUUGCUCCAGAACCUCUCUAUGUCCCAUAACAGAUUUGCAGAACGUGCGUCUGAAUCUUCAGAAAUGCACCAGCCUUGAAAAAUUUAACCUGACUGGUAACCCACUACAGCUGGAAAGCAACUGGAGGUCCUUGCUUUUGGAGACAGUGCCUGGCUUGAUUAAGUUGAAAAAUGAGCAGAUUGCUGCUGCUGCAGUGCCCCAUAAAUGUCCAGAACAGCAGUGGAGUUUCCAGGCCCUCUGUCAAGCACAGCAAGAGCUACGAGAUUCACUUCUCCAGCAGCAAAAGAUGGAGAUCAGUUCUGCACCCUCACAACAUGACGCCCAGCUUCUUGCAAUUGUCCAACAAGCAGACCUGCUCAGAAUGGCAGUGGACCAGUGUUAUGCCCAUGAAUAUAUCGACAGCUGUUUUACAGAGGAUUCUACACUGGCAGCAGCUGCUAACAGUAGUUCUUGUACUUAUUCUGAAACAUCUUUAUCACAAGAACAAAGACUUGAGAUGUGUCUCUGGGAUACGAGAUUGGCAGAAACACAAAAAGACUCAAUUUUCUCACGCUGACCUUGAGCUACGAUCUGCUGACUGCAUGCAGACACAAAGUGAGAAGGAACCUGUUCAGGCCCUGAAUCUUAAAGUGUAUGACACACACAAAAUAUUUUUACUUUUACAUUUAAUUUCUGUAUGUAGUGAACAUCUCCCAUGAUUUGAAGGUACAUUUAAUUUUAGCUAAAGGUAAUCAAAAUAAAGCUCAUCUCUAAAUCAUUCAGUGGACAUUACACCCCUGCUGGGUCUCUCUCCAGAUGUUUUAACGCUGAUGAAUCAUCCAAGGCAUGAGUUCAGUGACAUUCAUUUAGUCUCUCAUGACUUUGGUGAGUCAUCAGAUAAAAUUGUCUUCUCUGCUAUCACUCAGCGCGGCAGCUGUGGCGAUCCAGCGAUGUUGGCGGAGGAGAUGCGUAUUGCAGAGACGUCAGGGCCUCCCAGGCUUAAUUAAAAAAACUAACACAAAAUCACAUCUUCAUAAGGUGGAAGAUACCUGCAUUGGGGGGCCU